UCUUAUCAAGCCUACUGAUUAACAUCAUGCCAAUUUUAAAGAUAUAUCAUGAAAAGCAAACAAAGCAAUUGUGUGCCCUCCACGCUCUCAACAAUAUAUUCCAAGAACAUAUUUACAGAAAGGAAGAGCUGGACAAUAUAUGCAUUAACUUAAGUCCCAACGUAUGGAUAAAUCCUCAUCGAUCCCUUCUUGGACUCGGAAAUUAUGAUAUUAAUGUUAUUAUGACCGCCUUAGAGCUAAGAAAUUGUGAGGCCUUUUGGUUUGAUAAACGAAAAGACCCGUCUGGCAUUGACUUAGAUUCAAUUGUGGGUUUUAUACUCAACAUUCCAUCAGAUUACAAGAUCGGCACAAUAACAUUGCCAUUACGAAAAAGACACUGGAUAGCAGUGCGUCGUAUAGGGCAGCACUACUAUAAUCUUGAUUCCAAACUUCCACAGCCUGAGUUAUUGGGAACUGAUUCCGAUGUGCUCCAGUUUUUGCGAGAACAGCUUGAGGAAAAGGAACAGCAGCGUGAACUUUUUCUUGUAAGUUAUCGUAACGACUGUACUGGACCAUCACAGCGAUGCAUGGAAGAGUCGCACGACAUAAAUAAAACAACACGUUCAACAUGAUGUUUAACAAAAAUUUCAUAAAAACAUGAAUGAAAUGGAGGUAAAAUGAAUUUGUUUAAGGUAAAAAACAUCUCAGCUAGGGGUUUCUAAGCAGAAAAAGUUAAAGAGCCACAUUAUUCUUUAUAUGGGUUAACGAUCUGUUAUACAUUAUGAAAACAGGUAAUAAACUAUCUCAAACCA